UUUCACAGCCAGCUGGCGCCCGCCCGCCUGAGUCGCGCCAUGGGCGCUCGAAUCAGAGGAGGCCUUUGCCUCCUGGCGCUCGUCUCAUUGUGGUCCUUGUGCUUGGCAUUCCAGGCGCCCAGAGCACGUGUGGCUCGGCACGCGACCAAGCAGCGAGAAGCAAAGGCGAAGGCCAAGCAGGUGGACGAGCUCAUAGACCUUGAGGACUUCGAUGCGUGGGAGGUCCUCGCGCUGCCGCCAGAUGCAGACAAGCAGAAGAUCCGGCGGCGCUUCCGGAAGCUUGUCGCAACGCAGCAUCCAGACAAGCGGCCGAACGACCCGGACGCGCCGGUGAAAUUCAUGCGCAUCAAGAAGGCGUACGAGCAGCUCAUGGGCGGGGGCGAUACUUUGAAAGAGCUCAAACAGUGGGCGGAGCAGAACCGAGAGUGGUCCGAGUCCGCUCGAGAGUUUUUGGGCGAGGAGGAGGAUCUGGCCCCGCCGGACGUGCCACCGGCCCUCUACGCAGGUCUCGCUGCACUGCUGGGGGUGUUGGCCUAUGGUACCUACUGGGCACUGCACAAGUGAUGCAACGCCACGAGCGCCCAUUUGACCCACCUGAAAAGAAAGAGGGCGGCGGCUCAUGGGGGUUUGGUUUUGCAUUGUUGUUUCGUGUUUUUGUGC